CCCGCAACACAUCAACACAGUAGACAACCUCCUAUGCACCUAUCUUUAGUCGGCCAAUUGACGUGCAGUGACUCAGUACUCGGUUUCGCAUAGUACGUUGUAAUUGAAAUUAUGUGCUUAUAAUCAAACUUAACAACAGUAACAGCGACGAAUUAAGUUAGUUCUUGAAAAUGCUUCAUGUCCAUUCUUGAGCAAGUUUGUUGGUUCAUUUAGUGUUAACCUCAAAUUGCUGGUUCAAAGAUAAAUCAACUAUUGCAAGGAAUAAGCUUAUCAGGGUAGUCAUCAGUCGGUCUAGGAACCAGGGAAGUGAGUGAACCCUAGCGUUAUUCACGAAAGGAAAAAUCGCAGAGCUUAUCAUUCGAAGGAUUUCCUGCUUAAACCCUGCUGAUCGCCGAGCCCGAUCCAUAAUCAGAUGUCAGUUUUUGUUAGUUCGCGCGAGGAAUGUUAUAGUUUAAUGUGCCAGUAGUUUUGAGUGCGCGAUUUUUCGAAAUGACUGAUAUAAAAAACGCGGAUGCUACAAACAAUAAUGCAGUCGACAAAAAAAACGACGAGUACGAUAAUGCAGAGGCAAGUUCCAUAGACGAUGUGAUGGUGAUAGAGCCUAAAUUUGCAGAUUAUGGCACUAUCCAUUCAAUAGCAGAAGUGCCCCAGCAUAACUCAGUACAUGCCUUAUUAGGUCCAAAAGCUGUCCUCACAUCUCCCACGUCUGAAGAACCUGAAACUUCGAGCAGUUCUAAAGAUAUGGUACAAGGUGAUCUGUAUCAGAGACAACCGUUGCUAGUAAAUUCGUCGAAAGGGGACCACUGGGGAAACUCCAAAGUGAGUACAGACAAUGAUUAUUGUAUGGAAGAUGACAAUGUCCAAAAAUCUGGUAGCAGUAAUGGAAUCAUCAGAAUUGAAAUGCCCACACCAGUUAGAGAAGAGCCACGAUUUCCGCAAGAAAGAUGGAAAACAUUUUUUGCCGCCAUUGCCAUGAUGAUUGGUUUCCUAGCCACCUUAAUCUCAUUAUCAAUAGUACACAAUCAAGUACCACUGAAUGAUCCGCCAUUACCUGAUAUAAUAUUAGAUAAUGUACCUGAAAUUGACCCAGCUUUAAAUGUUUCAGAGUAUAUUAUAGUAUUUAACGUUAUAUCCUGUAUAGUAUGUAUAAUAUUUCAUAAGCACAGAUUCAUUAUAAUGAGAAGAAUAUUCUUAUUGAUGUCAUUACUGUAUAUGUAUAGAGCAGUCACUAUGUUUGUGACUGUAUUACCACUUGCGAAUCGCACGUAUCCAUGUGCUCCUGAAUCAAACCACACGACCGUUGUGCAGGUUAUAAAAAGAGUGAUCAAAAUGAGUGCUGGUUUUGGACUCUCUAUAAAUGGUGAUCAGAUCUACUGUGGCGACUUUAUCUACAGUGGCCACACUGUUAUUUUAGUACUUACUUACUUGGUUAUUUCAGAAUAUACUCCAAGAAGAUUGUGGCCAGUGGGUAUUGUCUAUUGGGUACUCAGUUUGCUCGGGAUUAUCUUUUUGGAAAUGAGUCAUGCACACUACACAAUAGAUGUUGUGAUAGCAUAUUUCAUCACGACAAGACUAUUUUGGUUAUAUCAUACUCUAGCCAACCAUACAUUUUUGAGGCAAGCAACGCAGCAUAAUCUUCUAGGUCGAGAAUGGUGGUUUUGGCUGUUUCAAUAUUUCGAGAUUAAUGUAGAGGGUCCAGUUCCUUUACAAUAUGAAUGGCCAUUGCCAUGGCCCAGAAAGUUCCAUUCUAAAAACCGUGAUAGUUAGUGUAAAAAUCUAAGUAGUAACUAUGAUAAAAGGGUAUUUUCGACUUUUUCAGAUAACUAUUGUGAUUUGCUAGAAAAUUGUGAAAAGUAUGCCUUACUACAUGAAAAUAUUUGUGUACAAACUCUUAUAUUGGUUUACUAUACAGAUAAUAAUAGAAAUCUAAGGGUGCAAAAUAUAUUAAUUAGGUUGAAAACAUUA